AUGAGUAUCUGCCUGGCUGUUCUGCCUAGACACAGCAGCAUCCGAUCCGUGCAGGUGGACGCAGUUCAUGCACCAGUCCGCUAUUUGAUGCUCAAUAUAUCUCAUUAUAAGGCCUACAUUUUAAUGUAUUUAUUAUAGCACAUUUUAUCUAACCAAUGCUAUCACUCUCUGUACCACAAUGUUUCAUUUAAGGUUACUAUCCCAAUACAGUUCACUUAUUUAUAUUGAUAUGACUUUAUUUCAGGGGUGGACAAUUUCCAGCUCUGUGUCUAAAAGAAAAGUCGAGCGCAUGAUUCCAGAGCAUGUUUACAAGAACACACAGGUAGGAUACACUUCAGUAUCAUAUAUCAAGAUUUUGAUAGCCUAAACUAUAGUAUAUGAUUUCUUGCAAUUUCAAAGUGGUAAAUUGGAAGUUUAACCAUGUAAUUUAUGAGACACCCUAAUGACUAAAACCUUGUUUUCUUUUAUCCAGGGCGAGGACGUCUCUGUGGUUGCUUUAGAGGCUUUGGGAUAUAUGGACCAAUUAUUUAACAGCCCGACUUCUGUCACCUGGAACAAGGAAACACUGAACCUGUUCAAAAACAGAUUACCAGUGAAGUUAAGAAAUUAGAGGGAUGCGUUAGUAUGAUCCCUCAUGGUGUAGCCUAAGCUAUAUUUAGGGGGCAGACAAUAAUUGGCAUAGGUCUUUAAUUUGUGGUUUAAUAUAAACUAUAUAUUUUCAGAACCUGUCUUAAGACAUAAUUAAUUAACUCAGCACCAUUUUAUUUUGUCUCCAGGUCAGAUGUGGUGUUGAGGUAUCCUCUGGAGAUGGAGGGUUGGUUACUUCAGCCAACGCGUCUAUGAAAACAUAUUUAGACAAGCUGAACACCGUCUUGAAACAGAAGGUGGGUCCAAUAUCAAAUGCACUGGAAAAUAGGCUAAAUUAAUCCGAGGAAAAGUUAAUCACCACAAAUCACAUAUGAAACUUGGAACUUCCAAGCGCCGUUUUAGUUUCGUCGGAUGCGCUUGUGCAGCACCUGCGGAGGUUCGCUACAAAAUUGUGCAGUUUUAAAAAAGUCCCUCGACUGCAGAGUCAAGCCGUGAGGAAGAAGCGGUCUGUUGGACAACCACAUAAUCAUCAUUGGAGACAUGUGACAUGUUCCUGAGACUGGCUAAUAGAUUGAUGGCUGAUAUAGUUACUGACUGACUGAUUUAUUUAUUAAUGAAAAAUACAUGCAUCUAUUAUCAUAUUGUUUUUAUUAAUUCAUUUAUAUAUUCAGUCAUCCAUGCAUUCAUCCAUUCAGUCUUUCAUGCAUUCAUUUGUUUUUAGACUUACUUUUUUAAAGUGGCAAUUUGAAGUUCAAACAACAUCAUAGUGGACACUCAACCACUAUUUUGGUAAAUAGCUGACGGAAGGGGUUCAAGAAAAGUAACCACUGUCAGAGAGCUAUUGAUUCAAGUAAUGACCAUCCAAGAGAUCAAAAUUAUAGUUUUAACUAAAUGUUGAAGCUAUACUGUGUUUGUUUUGAUUUAUAUUGUUUCAAACAAAGUAUAUUUUGGGUUCUGUUGAAGUAAGACAGUUGAACUAAGCUCAUGAGACAUUUAAAAGUUAUAUAUUCUUCAAGAGUCAAUAGGUAGCCUGUGUAUCAUUAAUUUAAAAGUCAAAAAUUGAAUGUAGCAAUCGCAGAAAUUGCCCCUUUAACUUAAUAUAUUCAAGACGAUGAAAUAUAGUUCUAUAAGAAUUAGGAUUUAGGUCAUUUUCUAAUAAACCUACGAUAAUGUUAUCACAACACAUUGGCAAAUAGGUUUAUUUAUAGAAAUGGGCCUGCUAGUCUCUCGUAAGGAAUAAAUAGUCAAAUGUUAAUUGUAUCCUGAUUAUUCAGAUAGACUUCAUAAAAUGCCGGUUAAUUUCUAUUUAAUCAUCAGUUAUUAUCAACAGUUUAAUUCAAAUGUAUAGACAUGAAUGGGAUUAAAGACAGAAGAUACAAACAGAAAGAGAUCACAUUAAAUCCUCAUCUCUCACUCCCUCUCUAAUACAGACACAUACACACGCACGCACGCACGCAAACAAACAAACACACGCACGCACGCAAACACACACACACACACACACACACACAGAGAGAGAGAGAGACAAACAAGCAAAUAGCAGUUUUGUGAUUAAAAAACAAACAUUGUAGUAAGCGCCAUUAGUUUAAUAUUGGUGUUAAAGGGUCGAUAUUCUCUCCCUCUCCUUCUCCCUGUCUUUCUUAGCUACGUUUGAGUCUUCACAAUGCCAGCUAUGAGUUCCAUUUUUUAAACCUAAUGAGGACAAUGUGCCUCCCAUGAACGAUCACUCAAAACAUGACGAGAGGGAAGUAGAGCACACGAAAAGGGAAAUCCGGUCUUGCGGUUCACCAGGCAAAACUUUCCCAAAUUCAUUCAUUUUAACUCUUAAUUUAGUGAGACUCCCUUUCACUUUUUGUACAUCCGUUCAAUCCUCACUAUUUAAGUUAAUCCGCAGAUAUGGGAUCAGAACACAAACCACAUUCUGACUGGAGUAAAUUUGCAAUAUACUGGCAACAGGUGAGUCAACAACAUGCUAUCAUUUGAUCAUUGCUUCAGGCUUCAAUGAAUGAAUCAUAUUCAGGAUUAUAUUCAACUAACAAUGAUCAUCUGUUGCAGGUCAUCUAACUACCCUAAGAAUGGCACUUCAGGCUAUUACUUGGAUGAGCGCCUUCCUCUGCCUCGCACAAGUUUGCUCCAUGCCCAUGCCUUGCCACCUACAAGGAGAGCUGGUGCGAACAACCCACAACCUACUGAGAGACAUGGUACAUUUUUUAAAUUACUUUUGACUUGAGAUGUAUUAUCCAACUAUGUUUAACUGAAUAGCUCAACGUGAACACUGUGUUUUCUCUUUCUUUCAGGGGGGUCAUUUUCAUCUGGAGUGCCUGCAGGAGAAUGUCUUCAUGACAUUCCCAGCCGCCGCAUUUGCAACCUCCGGCACGCCACAGGUAAGGGCAAGCGCGCAUAUCCAAGUGUUCUUUACAACAUGAAAGAGUUUUUGCAACCGUUAGGAUUAGAAAGUAGAAAACUUACAACUGCCAUUCAUGUUAUUUGAAAUUAUUGUUGUUGUCCGUUUCAGUUGAGCAGCAGUGGUGCUAAGGCUAUUUAUGAUACAUUGAAGAACAUCGACUCAUUGUUUGGAGCUGACGACCUGCCAACUAAGUGGGACCAACAGAAGUUGGAGAAUUUUCAGAAUAUUAUAUACCGCCAGAUUGAAGAGAGCAAAUGUGUGAGUUGCUAUACCAACACAGAUAGCUUAACUGUUUAAUUGUGGUAUUUUAAUUAUUAUUCAUCGCCUACCUCUUUCUUUCUGGCAGAUGAUGGGCAGUGUGGAUACAAGUGAUUAUCCCAUCAGGGCAGAGGGACUGAAGACAUACUUUGGGAAGAUUGCAGCAGUCCUAAAAGAAAAGGUAGGCUAUAGGGUAAAAACAAAAAGACACAUUGUUUUGAUAAUAUCUCUACAUUGGACAAUAUUACCCUACAUUGCCCUAACAGUUUAUUUUUAUUUUCACAGAAUUUCAGUUACUGCGCCUGGGAAGUGGUUCGAAAAGAACUCCUGUACACCCUACAGUUCAUUCUGAAACACAACUCUGAUAGCCUUCUGUGGUCCAACAGAACAUGAAUUUGAACUUGCAGAACUUUUUACAAUUGGGUUUUACAAUUGUGCUUGAUUUUAAAAGCCUACUAUUCUACAAUCAUGUAAUGUGCAAUGUCAAACUGCAAUAUUGUACAUGUAUUUAUUUAUUUAUCAAGGAUAUUUAUUUAUGUAGGCCUAUUUAUGAAUUUAUUUAUUUAUCUCUUUGAAAAUCGUGCCUAUAUGUUAAUCGUCAUCAAAUGUUAAGUUAAUAAACAUUUUUAUACUUUUAAAUAUUGUUAAUCCGAGUGCUCAUUCUGUAGCCAAGUCUGUCGGUGUGUGAACAUUCAUAUUUUGGAUUAAACAUGCUCGGGACAUAUGCACGGAUGGCAGUACAAUUAAUUCCAUAGCCUACUAAUACAGAAAGGAAAGCCAUAAAAACAAGUAAAAUGUAUCUUCUCAAAAUGUAGUUAUAUUCAAAAGCCUUUUUUCAAUAAAGUGUGUUUUAGUACUGGACAGGGUGGGCCUUUUUUGAACGUUGUACUUUGAGCUCCUAUACGAAUUAUGUUCCUACCAUAGAGAUCCUAUUAAAUUAUUCGAAUUCCUAAUUAUAUGGUGAUAGAUUAAUUAUUAAUGACUAAUUAUUACACCCUGAAAUUGUGUAUAAUGUGUUAGAAAUGUGUGAGUGUAGGACUAGUAAGCUACCAUUGAGCUACUAUUUAGCAAUGUGAGUAAGACUUAGACCAGACAACAAUGGAGAACUGUCUAAACCAAGAUAAAGGGGCCUCCCAAUUUAGGGAGGAUGCGAUAUCUGCACCUGGCCGAGCAAGGAGUGGGAAAAGAUAAGAACAGUAUGUGCCCUGAUGGUCAGGAGAGCAGAGGAAAACAUGAGCUGAGCCGAGCUGUGUGUGUGCGUACAAGAUGUGUAUAGUGGAAAAAUAUGAUUUUUUGUAUGACGUAUGAGUAUAAAAGAUGGACUCUGAAAUUGUGAUGGCAGAAUUCUCAAUGAAUAAAGAUCUCUGACUAUGCAGAUCGGGACUCUGUCCGUUAUUUAAAUCCCAAAAGACUUACAACCUUUUGGGAGACGCACAGAGACACUGAAAUAGUUUGUUAAAUAAUUCACAUAACAAUGGUUCCAACCCCCUCAGUGAAAUUGGAUUCCACAAUCAAUAACGUAAAUCGGAACAAUAUUAGCCGAAUAGACUGAACAGGUGCACUUUGAAUUAACAAGCAGUGGUGUAAAAUGGUCGAACUUUAGCCUUCAUUCAACACUAUCAGUCUCUCUAUUAAUAACAUCUAUUUUUAUUUCAAGGAUGUGCAAUAUAAACACUGAACAGCCAUAUGCUUCAGAUUGCACUGUCUGAUUAAAAGAGAGUCAACGGACUAAAUGUGUGAGCAAAAUGUGGUCUCUGUGAAUCGCCUAUUGAAACAAUGGUUCUUGCUAACCCUACACAGAAUCUGAAAAGUGUGGUGUUUAAUGUCCACAAUUUCAGCAUAUUUAUAUUGAUCAUGGCCCUGAUUUAAUAAGACAGAGCCCUGCACCAUUGUAUUAUAGAGUUAUUCGUUUUUCAUAUUCAAUAUUGCCUGCUGAAUAACUGCUUAAUGUUAUCAAUAAAUAGAAUUGCUCCAAUGCAAUUAUUUGCAUACACAUGUAUGAAAAUUGUUAACUUGCAUUAUAUUUUUCUGAUUAAUUUCACAAUAGAAUAAUUAAGAAUCACCCACUGAAAAUUGGUGCUUAUAAAGGGAAGCGAAAGCCUGAACCAUGCUACCUUCUUCACCACAAAUUAUUUUUGUAUACCUUCAUGUAGCGAUACUUGGGUGUAUACUUCAGCAAUGUAGGUAUCAUAUCGAAUCAAGAUGAUAGGUUGUUAAUCAUUUCUAAAGUCUGUUGGACUCAAGUUCUAUCAAAAGAAACAUGGCUGUAUUGAAAUGGUUGCACAUCUGUCUGACUAUGUUCUGCCUAGACACAGCAGCAUCCGAUCCGUGCAGGUGGACGCAGUUUAUGCACCAGUCUGCCACUUGGUGUGCACAAUUUGAUGCUCAAUAUAUCUCAUUAUUAGGCCUACAUUUUAAUGUAUUUAUUAUAGCACAAUUUCCAGCUCUGUGUCGAAAAGAAAAGUCGAGCCCAUGAUUCCAGAGCAUGUUUACAAGAACACACAGGUAGGAUACACUUCAGUAUCAUAUAUCAAGAUUUUGAUAGCCUAAACUAUAGUAUAUGAUUUCUUGCAAUUUCAAAGUGGUAAAUUGGAUUUUUACCCAUGUAUUUUGUGAGACACCCUAACGCCUAAAACCUUGUUUUCUUUUAUCCAGGGCGAGGACGUCUCCGUGGUUGCUUUAGAGGCUUUGGGAUAUAUGGACCAAUUAUUUAACAGCCUGACUUCUGUCACCUGGAACAAGGAAACACUGAGCCUAUUCAAAAACAGAUUACCAGUUAAAUAAGAAAUAAGAGGGAUGCGUAAGUAUGAUCCCUCAUGGUGUAGCCUAAGCUAUAUUUGGGGGGCAGACAAUAAUUGGCAUUGGUCUUUAAUUUGUGAUUUAAUAUAAACGAUUUAUUUUCAGAACCUGUCUUAAGACAGAAUUAAUUAACUCACCACCAUUUUAUUUUGUCUCCAGGUCAGAUGUGGUGUUGGGGCAUCCUUUGGAGAUGGAGAGUUGGUUACUUCAGGCAACGCGUCUAUGAAAACAUAUUUCAACAAGCUGAACACCGUCUUGAAACAUAAGGUGGGUCCAAUAUCAAAUACACUGGAAAAGAGGCUAAAUUAAUCUGAGGAAAAGUUCUAGAUCACCACAAAUCGGAUGAAUUUCGAUGCCACAACUCACAUAUGAAACUUGGAACUUCCAAGCUCGGUUUUAGUUUCGUCGGAUGCGCUGGUGCAGCACCUGCUGUGGUUGAGUUGAGUGAAAAAAUGCAUGGCUUGUAUAAGCUCCAGGAACACAGCGCAGGCGCUUGGAAGAUCGUGGGAGUGGAGGUUCGCUACAAAAUUGUGCAGUUUUAAAAAUCCCUCGACUGCAGAGUCAAGCCGUGAGGAAGAAGCGGUCUGUUGGACAACCACAGAAUCAUCAUUGGAGACAUGUGACAUGUUCCUGAGACUGGCUAAUAGAUUGAUGGCUGAUAUAUUUACUGACUGACUGAUUGAUAUAUUUAUAAUACAAUUAAAUGAAAAAUACAUGCAUCUAUUAUCAUAUUGUUUCUAUUCAUUCAUUUAUAUAUUCAGUCAUCCAUGCAUUCAUCUAUUCAGUCUUUCAUGCAUUCAUUUGUUUAUAGACUUACUUUUUUAAAGGGGCAAUCUGAAGUUCAAACAACACCAUAGUGGACAGUCAACCACUAUUUUGGUAAAUAGCUGACGGAUGGGGUUCAAGAAAAGUAACCACUGUCAGAGAGCUAUUGAUUCAAGUAAUGACCAUCCAAGAGAUCAAAAUGAUAGUUUUAACUAAAUUUUGAAGCUAUACAGUGUUUGUUUAGAUUUAUAUUGUUUCAAACAAAGUGUAUUUGGGGUUCUGUUGAGGUAAAACAGUUGAACUAAGCUCAUAAGGCUUUUAAAAGUUAUAUAUUCUUCAAGAGUUGUCACGGCUGUCAGUGAGAUGCGGUUGAAGAAGUCAGGCGCAGGACACGGAACUCUUGGAAACGUAUUUUAAUCCGAUAUUGAAAAGAUGAACACAGAAUAACUCCACACAGGGAGGAAAAUACCCGCUCACAAAACGACAUACGUGAAGGGAAACAAUCACACACAAGAUAACGAUGAGAGACAGGGGUAAUUAUAGGGCAACAAUCAAACAUAAUGAUGAACAGGUGUUAAAAAUACAGACAAGACUAGACAGAUACCGAUAACAUCGAUCGGCAGUAGCUAAUCCGUGACAAGAGUCAAUAGAUAGCCUGUGUAUCAUUAAUUUAAAAGUCCAAAAUUUGAUGUAGCAAUCGCAGAUAUUGCCACUUUAACUAAGCAUAUCCAAGACGAUGAAAUGUAGUGCUAUUAGGAAUUAGGAUUUAGGUCAUUUUCUAAUAAACCUACGAUAAUGUUAUCACAACAUAUUGGCACAUUGGUUUAUUUAUAGAAAUGUGCCUGCUAGUCUCUCGUAAGGAAUCACUAGUCAAAUGUUAAUGUUAUCCUGAUUAUUCAGAUACAGACUUCAUAAAAUGCCGGUUAAUUUCUAUUUAAUCAUUGUUAUUAUCAACAGUUUAAUUCAAAUGUAUAGACAUGAAUGGGAUUAAAGACAGAAGAUUCAAACAGAAAGAGAUCACAUUAAAUCCUCAUCUCUCACUCCCUCUCUCUCACAGACACAUACACACGCACGCACGCACGCAAACAAACAAACGCACGCACGCACGCAAACAAACAAACGCACGCACACACACACACACACACAGAGAGAGAGAGAGAGAGAGAGAGAGACAAACAAGCAAAUAGCAGUUUUGUGAUUAAAAAACAAACAUUUCAGUAAGUGCCAUUAGUUUAAUAUUGGUGUUAAAGGGUCGAUAUUCUCUCUCUCUCCCUCUCCUUCUCCCUGUCUUUCUUAGCAACGUUUCAGUCUUCACAAGGUCCAGCUAUGAGUUACAUUUUUUAAACCUACUGAGGACAACGUGCCUCCCAUGAACGAUCACUCAAAACAUGACGAGUGGGAAGUAGAGCACACGAAAAGGGAAAUCCGGUCUUGCGGUUCACCAGGCAAAACUUUCCCAAAUUCAUUCAUUUUAACUCUGAAUUUAGUGAGACUCCCUUUCACUUUUUGUACAUCCUUUCAAUCCUCACUAUUUAAGUUAAUCCGCAGAUAUGGGAUCAGAACACAAACCACAUUCUGACUGGAGGAAAUUUGCAAUAUACUGGCAACAGGUGAGUCAACAACAUGCUAUCAUUUGAUCAUUGCUUCAGGCUUCAAUGAAUGAAUCAUUUUCAGGAUUAUAUUCAACUAACAAUGAUUAUCUGCUACAGGUCAUCUAACUACCCUAAGAAUGGCACUUCAGGCUAUCACUUGGAUGAGCGCCUUCCUCUGCCUCGCACAAGUUUGCUCCAUGCCCAUGCCUUGCCACCUACAGGGACAGCUGGUGCGAACAACCCACAACCUACUGAGAGACAUGGUACAUUUUUUAAAUUACUUUUGACUUGAGAUGUAUUAUCCAACUAUGUUUAACUGAAUAGCUCAACGUGAAUACUGUGUUUUCUCUUUCUUUCAGGGGGGUCAUUUUCCUCUGGAGUGCCUGCAGCAGAAUGUCUUCCUGGCAUUCCCAGCCGCCGCAUUUGCAACCUCCGGCGCGCCACAGGUAAGGGCAAGCAACAUAUACAAGUGUUCUUUACAGAAUGAAAGAGUUUUUGCAACCGUUAGGAUUAGAAAGUAGAAAACUUUAAACUGCCAUUUAUGUUAUUUGAAAUUAUUGUUGUUGUCCGUUUCAGUUGAGCAGCAGUGGUGCUAAGGCUAUUUAUGAUACAUUGAAGAACAUCGACUCAUUGUUUGGAGCUGACGACCUGCCAACUAAGUGGGACCAACAGAAGUUGGAGAAUUUUCAGAAUAUUAUAUACCGCCAGAUUGAAGAGAGCAAAUGUGUGAGUUGCUAUGCCAACACAGAUAGCUUAACUGUUUAAUUGUGGUAUGGUGGCAUUUGAAUUAUUAUUCAUCGCCUACCUCUUUCUUUCUGGCAGAUGAUGGGCAGUGUGGAUACAAGUGAUUAUCCCAUCAGGGCAGAGGGACUGAAGACAUACUUUGGGAAGAUUGCAGCAGUCCUAAAAGAAAAGGUAGGCUAUAGGUUAAAAACAAAAAGACACAUUGUUUUGAUAAUAUCUCUACAUUGGACAAUAUUACCCUACAUUGCCCUAACAGUUUAUUUUUAUUUUCACAGAAUUUCAGUUACUGCGCCUGGGAAGUGGUUCGAAAAGAACUCCUGUACACCCUACAGUUCAUUCUGAAACACAACUCUGAUAGCCUUCUGUGGUCCAACAGAACAUGAAUUUGAACUUGCAGAACUUUUUUACAAUUGGGUUUUACAAUUGUGCUUGAUUUUAAAAGCCUACUAUUCUACAAUCAUGUAAUGUGCAAUGUCAAACUGCAAUAUUGUACAUGUAUUUAUUUAUUUAUCAAGGAUAUUUAUUUAUGUAGGCCUAUUUAUGAAUGUAUUUAUUUAUCUCUUUGAAAAUCGUGCCUAUAUGUUAAUCUUCAUCAAAUGUUAAGUUAAUAAACAUUUGUAAACUUUUAAAUAUUGUUAAUGUGAGUGCUCAUUCUGUAGCCAAGUCUGUCGGUGUGUGAACAUUCAGAUUUGGAUUAAACAUGCUCGGGACAUAUGCACGGAUGGCAGUACAAUUAAUUGUAUAGCCUACUAAUCCAUAAAGGAAAGCCAUAAAAACAAGUAAAAUGUAUCUUCUCAAAAUGUAGUUAUAUUCAAAAGCAUUUUUUCAAUGAAGUGUGUUUUAGUACUGGACAGGGCAGGCCUGUUUUGAACGUUGCACUUUGAGCUCCUGUACGAAUUCCGUUCCUACCAUAGAGAUCCUAUUAAAUUAUUCGAAUUCCUAAUUCAGGCUCUGAUCAGACCCUACACCCAAACGAGGGAACUACGUUCAUCCACCUCUGGCCUGCUAGCUCCCCUACCUCUACGGAAGCAAAGUUCCCGCUCAGCCCAGUCAAAGCUAUUCGCUGCUCUGGCACCCCAAUGGUGGAACAAGCUCCCCCACGACGCCAGGACAGCGGAGUCACUGACCACCUUCCGGAGACACUUGAAACCCUACCUCUUUAAGGAAUACCUGGAAUAGUAUAAAGUAAUCCUUCUACUCCCACCCAUAAAAAGAAGAAGAAAAAAUUAGUUUUCCCACUGGCUAUCAUAAGUUGAAUGCACCAAUUUGUAAGUCGCUCUGGAUAAGAGCGUCUGCUAAAUCAUGUAAAUGUCAAUGUAAAUGAAUAGACUGAACAGGUGCACAGUGAAUUCACAAGCAGUGAGGUAAAAUGGUCGAACUUUAGCCUUCAUUCAACACUAUCAGUCUCUCUAUUAAUAACAUAUAUUUUUAUUUCAAGGAUGUGCAAUAUAAACACUGAACAGCCAUAUGCUUCAGAUUGCACUGUCUGAUUAAAAGAGAGUCAACGGACUAAAUGUUUGAGCAAAAUGUGGUCUCUAUGAAACGCCUAUUAAAACAAUGGUUCUUGCUAACCCUACACAGAAUCUGAAAAGUGUGGCGUGCAAUGUCCACAAUUUCAGCAUAUUUAUAUUGAUCAUGGCCCUGAUUUAAUAAGACAGAGCCCUGCAACAUUGUAUUAUAGAGUUAUUCGUUUUUUAUAUUCAAUAUUGCCUGCUGAAUAACUGCUUAAUGUUAUCAAUACAUGCAUUUGUCCAAUGCAAUUAUUUGCAUAGACAUGUAUGAAAAUGGUUCACUUGCAUUAUAUUUUUCUGAUUAAUUUCACAAUAGCAUAAUUGAGAAUCACCCACUGAAAAUUGAGGCUUAUAAAGGGAAGCGAAAGCCUGAACCAUGCUACCUUCUUCACCACGAAUUAUUUUUGUAUACCUUCAUGUAGCGAUGCUUGGGUGUAUACUUCAGCAAUGUAGGUAUCAUAUCGAAUCAAGAUGAUAGGUUGUUAAUCAUUUCUAAUGUCUGUUGGACUCAAGUAUUAGCAAAAGAAACAUGGCUGUAUUGAAAUGUUGCGCAUCUGUCUGACUCUGUUCUGCCUAGACACUGCUGCAUCCGAUCGAUGCAGGUGGACCCGGUUGGGCAGACUGAAUGAUCUGAGCAUAGAUCUGAUAUUAGAUAUGGUGAUUUAUUUUAAUUGCACCAGUCCACUAUUUGGUGUGCCCAAAUUGAUGCGCAAUAUUCGCAAUGAUAUUCACAUUUUACUUUGUAUUAUAGCUCAUUUCAUGUAACAUACGAUUUCAAUAUCUGUACCACUUGAUAUUAAUUUGACUUCUAUUUCAGGGUGGACACUUUCCAGUUCUGUGUCUAGAAGAAAAUGUCAACGCAUGUUUCCAGAGGACGUUUACAAGAACACACAGGUAGCAUACACUUCAGUACUCCUGAGUGGCGCAGUGGUCUAAGGCACUACAUCGCAGUGGUAACUGUGCCACUAGAGAUCCUGGUUCGAAUCCAGGCUCUGUCGCAGCCGGCCGCGACCGGGAGACUCAUGGGCGGCGCACAAUUGGCCCAGCGUCGUCCAGGGUAGGGGAGGGAAUGGCCGGCAGGGAUGUAGUUCAGUUGAUAGAGCAUGGCGUUUGCAACGCCAGGGUUGUGGGUUCGAUUCCCACGGGGGGCCAGUAUAAAAAAUAUAUAUAUAUGUAUUCACUAACUGUAAGUCGCUCUGGAUAAGAGCGUCUGCUAACAGGGGAUGUAGCUCAGUUGGUAGAGCAUGGCGUUUGCAACGCCAGGGUUGUGGGUUCGAUAAAAAAAUAAUGUAUGCACUAACUGUAAGUCGCUCUGGAUAAGAGCGUCUGCUAAAUAAUGUAAAUGACUAAAAUGUAAAUGUAUCAUAUAGCAAGAUGCUGAUAGCCUAAACUACGUCUAUUCCACUUUGGUUCAAAGUAAUUUAAUUGAAAGUACCUGGAAACAACGUCGAGUCAACCAGUGUGGAUAAUGCCUAAACCCCUGUUUUAUUUUAUCCAGGGCGAGGACGUCUCUGUUUUUGCAUUAGAGGCUAUGGGAUAUGUGGCCCAAUUAUUCAACAACAGCGUGACUGCUGUCACUGAGAACAAUAAACAACUGAACCUGUUUAAAAACAUAUUAUCUCGAUCCCUCUUGUGUAGCCUAGAGGUUAUAUAUUUUUGGGGCAGACAAUCGUGGGCAUUGGUAUUUAAUUUAGACACUACAGUUAUUUAUUCAAAUAUUUUAUUAAUCUUUCAUAAGACAGAACUAAUGCACUCACCACCAUCUUAUAUAGUCUCUAGGUCGGAGGUGGUGUUGGGGCAUCCUCUGGAGAUGGAGGGUCGGUUACUGAAGCCAACGCGUCUCUGAAAACAUAUUUCGACAAGCUGAACACCGUCUUGAAACAGAAGGUCGGGCCAAUAUCAAAUGCACUCGAAAAGACUAAAUUAAUCUGAGCAAAAGUUCUAGAUCACCACAAAUUGGAUGCAUUUCUCUGCCACAACUCACAUAUGAAACUGGGAACAUCCAAGCGCCGUUGUAGUGUCGUUGGAUGCGUCGGCGCAGCACUUGCUGUGGUUGAGUUGACUGAAAUGUUUGUAUUUAUUGUAUGCUCUCCAGGAAAACAGCACAUGCGCAUGGGAGAUGGUGAGAGAGGAGGUUCCGGACAACCUCGUGCAGUUCAAUAAAUUCCUCGACAGCAGAGUUAAGCCGUGAGGAAGUCGACUGCAGAGUCAAGCCAUGAUGAAUAAGCGGUCUGUUGGACAACCACAGAAUCAUCAUUGGAGACAUGUGACAUAUUUCUGACGCUGGCUAAUAGAUUGAUGGCUGAUAUAUUUACUGACUGACUGAUUGACUGAUAUUUAUAUGUGAAGGCUAUGUAUUUAUGUAUUUAUUUAUUUAUAAUACAAUUAAAUGAAAAAUACAUGCAUCUAUUAUCAUAUUGUAUUUAUUCAUUAAUUUAUAUAUUCAGUCAUCCAUGCAUUCAUCCAUUCAGUCUUUCAUGCAUUCAUUUGUUUAUAGACUUACUUUUUUAAAGGGGCAAUCUGAAGUUCAAACAACACCAUAGUGGUCACUCAACCACUAUUUUUGUAAAUAGCUGAGGGAUGGGGUUCGAGAAUAGUAACCACGAUCAGAAAGCUAUUGAUUCAAUUAAUGACCAUCCAAGAGAUCAAAAUUAUAGUUUUAACUACAUUUUGAAGCUAUACAGUGUUUAGAUUCAUAUUGUUUCAAACAAUGUCAUACAAAAUGUAUUUUGGGGGUUCUGUUGAGGUAAAACAGUUGAACUAAGCUCAUGAGGCAAUUAAAAUGGAUAAAUUCUCCAAGAAUCAAUGGGUAGCCUGUAUAUAAUUAAUUUAAAAGUCCAUAAAUGGAUGUAACAAUCGCAGAAAAUUCGCCUUGAACGUAGCAUGUCCAGGAUGAUAACGUUUUAUAAUUUAAGGAAUUAGGAUUUAGGUCAUUUUCUAAUAAACAUACGAUAAUGUUAUCACAACACAUUGGCACAUUGUUUUAUUCAUAUUGGCCUGCUAGUCUCUCCUAAUGAUGAAAUACUUGCAUGUUAAUGUUAGACUGAUUAUUCAGAUACAGACGUCGUAAAAUGCUGGCGAAUUUCUAUUUGAUUUCUAUUUAAUAUUCAGUUAUUAUCAACAGUUUAAUUCAACUGUAAUGUAAUGACAUCAUAUUAAGUUAUUUGUGGCUCAGCUGGUAGAGCAUGGUGCCUGCAAUGCCAGGGUCGUGGGGUCGAUACCCACGGGGGACAAGCAAAGAAAAUAAAUAAAUGUAUGCACUCACUAAUGUAAGUCGCUCUGGAUAAGCGCGUCUGCUAAAUGACAAGAAUGUCAAAAAAGGGAAAUCUGGCAGGCCUAUUGCGGUUUUCACUAGGCCAAACUUUCCCAAAUUCAUUCAUUUUUUACUCGAACCUAGUGAGACCCCCUUUCACUUUUAUACAUCCUUUAAAUUCUCACAAUUUAAGUUAAGCCGCAGAUAUGGGAUCAGAACACAAACAAUAUUCGGACUCUGUAGGAAAUGUGCACUAUACUGGCAACGGGUGAGUCAAUAUAUCAUUUGUUCAUUGCUUCAGGUUUCAACGAAUGAAUUAUUUUCAGGAUUAAAUUCAAAUAACAAUGAUACUCUGUUGCAGGUCAUCUAAGAAUUGCACUUCAGACUAUAACUUGGAUGAGCGCCUUCCUCUGCCUCGCGCAAGUUUGCUCCAUGGCCAUGCCUUGCCAGCUGCAAUAACAGCUGUUGCGAACAACCCACAACCUACUGAGAGACAUGGUAAUUUUUUAAAAUUACUUUGGGCUUUUAUUGUAUUAUCUAACAAAGUUUAUUAAAUGACUCAGCCUGACUUCUGUGUUUUCUCUUUCUUUCAGGGAGGUACUUUUCCUCUGGAGUGCCUGCAGGAUAAUGUCUUCAUGGCAUUCCCAGCCACUGCUUUCGCAAACUCCUGCGCCACGGGUAACCACAUGGGCUCAUAUCCAAGUGUUCAUUAGAGCAUGAAAGUAUAUUUACAACCCUUACAACAAAUAAGACAAUCUUACACUGUCAUAUGUUAUUUGAAAUUAUUGUUGUUGUCCGUUUCAGUUGAGCAGCAGCGGUUCUAAGUCUAUUUAUGAGACAUUGAAGAACAUCGACUCAUUGUUUGGAGCUGACGACCUACCAACAAUGUAG